GUAGUAGCUACUGGAACUCACUCUCACAGUCUCACUCCCUGCUGCUUAGAUGCCUGAAAAGACGAAUUUGUCCUUACCUUGUUCUUCAGUGUUGCCAACUGAAAUUGCAGCACGCUAACUUGUCUUCUCUUCACCAUCUUGGCAUCAUUUUUCAGAAAAAAAAAUAAAAAAAGGGGAUUUGGUAACCCUUGAUGGAAAUGGUGGUGAUGCAUGGUCGGGUAGUAAAGGUUGAAGCUGUGGAGGGAGACUUGCGGUGGUUCUGAUUUCUGUUCAUAAUACUCUGAUGUCAUUCAUGUCUGGAGAGAGUGAAACUGUGUCGUUUCAAGCCUCUGAAACUCAAAAUACAAUUCAAAGGAUUCUACAAUCAUGCUUUAAACUGGUUGAGGCUGGCGAUAUCCAUGAGUCUGACAGCACAAUCUCAGAGCUUGUCAACUUCCUUGAUUCUUUAUCGGAUGCCGCUCUUUCAUACCCAAAUAAUGAGCCUGCGCAGAAUGAUGCAUUUGAUGCUCUCACUGAGAUCCAUCAAUAUAUAUGUUCUCCUUCUCUUGCCCAGGAAGCUGUUGAUGCCCAUUCCUUUGAAUUACCAAAGGCCGUCUCCAAGUUUUCUUAUCAAUUUCUAAAGAAAUGUGGUCUAAGGGAUAUGCUUUCAAUUCUUUGUAAUACACUAGGUUACUCAAGUAAUAUGACCAAGGCUGCCAGUUACAUUGUUCCUCCUUUGUCAGGGCUCUCAAAAGUCUUUACCUCCAACAAGAAGUGUCAUUUUGAGCAAGUACAACUGGUUGUUCCGAUCAUUCUGAAUGUUUUGAAGGCUGUGGCUUUGGAUUCAUAUGACUCAGAUGAUACAGAACUUGAAAGUGUAUUUCAUAGAGCUGUUGGGAUUCUAAAUUCUAUAUAUGAAGUUUGCAAUAAGUUGGGCGGUGUUUCAAAUGAGAAGUUCUGA